CUGAUAAGCUUUUACAAUUAUAUAUGUAUAUAGAUGAUAAGUAUAGAUAGAUAUAUCAUACAUAUAUUAUUGUAAAAGCACAGUGGCAAUUUAUGAGCACCUACACAAGUAAAAGCUUGCAUCCGUCCCAUCAACUACCACCCUCUCGUCGGCUAUUGAUUUUUCAUGUCUUCGUAGAGCAUUACGACUGGUCGCCGUAGGAACCCAGUGCGCACAUAUCUGCACACAACGAGAAACGCGCUCGAACCCGGUGUUGUUCCUAGUGGGUGUGCUUCAGAGAGUCCUCGCGACGCGAAAUAAUAAAACCCACUAGCGUGUAAAAAUUUUAAAAAAGUUAAAGAAAAAUUUUUAAUUUAAAUCAAAAUAUUGCGUAAAUAAAAAUAAAUAAAAAUAAUUGCGGAGAAAAAAAAGUCAUUCGUGUAAACCAAAGUGCCGACUGAAUUGAGCAACGAACAACAACAAUAAUAAAUAAAAAAAAAAAAAAAGUUAAUACGGAUGUGAUUAACUUUUAUAAAUAAAUAUAUACAGGGUAGAAGUGCGUCGACCCAGUGAGGACAGGAGUGGCUGCACUCUUGACUUUUCUCUGUCCUUAUUCGCUGGUGCUUCCUACGUAUUCUCUUAACCUGCAGGAGCAGCCCCCACGCGCCAUAAAGUUACUGGGGGAUCCAACCCCCGUAAACUCACUGGAGUAUCUAAUAGAGUCUGAUACCCUUAUCAGUUGAUACAGAUACAGCACAUAGGGUUUAGUCCUACAUCAUUACACCCUUGAUGUAACGUGGGUGUUUUACUUCCGUCAUCUGUAGACUUAAAGCUCUCGAGACAAAACCAGAGACGCGUUUUCAGUAAACUUGAUAUUCAAAACACCCGCGCUAAUUGAUUGAGUUAUUUUUAAAAAAUAUUGUAAUGUGAUAAAAGUGGUACAGUCUGUCGCGUUUUAAUUUAAGUACUAGUGCUGUCAGGUAAUCUCAGUUACAGCCUUGACACUGGUGUAAUCCAGACACCAGAGUGAGUCUCAUUGAAAGACGAUAUCAAAAUAAACGCGUAUUGUUCGGAAUUACGAGGGUUGCUUCUGAUUACCAGCAAUAAUAAAUAAAUAAAUAUAUAAACCCUGACAAGGAAGAAAUUAGUGGCUAUUUCGGAAAACAAGACGUGUUCGGAGUCAGCCAAAAUUCUAUUGUUAUUUUUGAGGGGAUAAUUAUUGAGUUGUACACAUUUUUUGUGUGCGUCAUCGACUCUGUCGUCACCAGUUCUGUAAGCAACAACAAUUACGACCACGACAAGAAAGACCAGGCAGAUAAGGGGAAAAAUUAUUAUAGGUUGAUAUCUUGAUUAACUGGCGGAGGAGAGAAGAUUAUUGGGUAAAAAUAUAAAAAUAAAACGUCAUCAGUGGCGGUAAGAUUGCGAGGUGGAUUAUCGCAUGCUCUUGUAGCCUCGUGCGUGAGCACGGGUAAGUGAAUAAAUAACCAACGUAUAUAAGGGACCCCGUGACCGGGGGUAUAAUCAGUCGCGACGGCAGAUGUCAGGAUGCCGGAACAGAGCAACGACUAUAGAGUCGUGGUAUUUGGAGCCGGUGGAGUUGGUAAAAGUUCGUUGGUAUUACGUUUUGUGAAAGGAACUUUUCGCGAAUCUUAUAUACCAACUAUUGAAGACACUUAUAGACAGGUGAUAAGCUGUAAUAAAAAUAUAUGCACACUUCAAAUAACGGAUACAACCGGGUCCCACCAGUUUCCUGCUAUGCAGCGGCUUUCGAUAAGUAAAGGUCACGCAUUCAUCCUGGUGUACUCGGUCUGCUCGCGGCAAAGCCUAGAAGAAUUACGGCCAAUCUGGGCAGUGAUACGGGAGCUUAAGGGUCAGGAUAUUUCCCAAAUACCGAUAAUGCUGGUCGGCAACAAGUGCGAUGAAAGCCCUUCAGUACGCGAAGUAUCAAUGAGCGAGGGUGCGGCCGAGGCUGCUAAUUGGGGCUGUGGAUUUCUUGAGACCUCUGCCAAGACUAAUCACAACGUUAAUGCACUUUUCCGCGAUCUUCUUACCCUCGAGAAGAAUCGCUCGGUCUCAUUACAGCCGGUGCAGAGCAACAACGCGAUAAGCCUUAAGGAAAAAUGUGCCGUUAUGUAAAUUUAUUAUUAAAAAUUAUUACUAUUAAUAUUACUAUUAGUAUUUAAUUAAUUAAAUAAUUCAAUUCAUUCAUUAAAUACUUAUUGAAUUUUAUUGGCUUGUAAGUAUUACUAAAAUUAAUUACUUUAGGUCAUGGUGUCAUGAAAUUAAUUAUCACUUUGAAUUUCAUGUCUAUCCAUUAGGUCGUGAACUAUUUUAUUUUAAAUAAAAUAUAUAAAAUUUUAUUUUCUAUACUAGAAAAGAGUGGUGUUAAAAUAAAAUAACACCGGUGUACGCGGUGUUAAAAUCGGUGUAAAACAAAAUUCCACGUAUAGAAAUUAGAAAAAAAAAUGUAUUAUUCAACACCGAAAAAUAUUUUAACACAGGGAAAUUUUUUUAACACCAUUUCCGGUGUUGAAAUUUAACACCUACGGCGCCUGGACUUACUCCGAUUUUUUUUACAGUGUAUAUUUUAAUUAAUAAUUUACAAGCACAAAAUUAGAAAAGACCGGUGUUGAAAUAAAAUAACACCGGUGUACGCGGUGUUAAAAUCGGUGUAAAAAAAUUUCAUGUAUAGAUAUUAGAAAAAAAAAUGUAUUAUUCAACACCGAACAAUAUUUUAACACGCAGAAACGUUUUUAACACCGUUUUCGGUGUUGAAAUUUAACACCGAAAAUUUUAACACCCACACCGCCUGGACUUACCCCGGUUUUUUGUUAUAGUGUAGAUUUUAAUUAAUAAUUUACAAGCACAAAAUAAGCGU